CGUGAACUCGUGCCGCGCGUGUUUGUAACCGCACCGUCUUCUUUUGUUGUGCCUAUGCAGUGUUUGUUGUAUGUUUUGCCAUAGUGAAUUUCACUAUUUUACAGCAUUUGUUUUGGAUGACCUGAACAACUGGCGGAUAUCGCACCCAACCCAUGUAACGUAGCAUGACAGCAACUCACUUCCUAUUUCAACGUUAAACAAAACUACUACAAAAACAAGAUUAAUGUGCUCAACGAACGCUAGUCACACGAAGCAGUAUCGUUCCAGCAGGUGACCGGUAGUGAAUUGAUUAAUUUAAACUGCGAGCAGACACAAUCAAGUUUUUUCAAGUGGAACUAAGCAAUCAACUUGGCCACCAAUCAGCGGAUCAGCGGAUACCGUCACAGGAACUCGUCGCACAGUUUUGAUCGCACACAGUAACCAUGGGCAACGCAUGUUCCAGCAACUCCAAAGUGCAAUCUCCAGUGCCUGGUGGUAGAUACCAGCCUGAGAAUGCCAGCGGAAAAACACACACCACAGCAAACUGCAUGACCAACGGUAUUGGCAGCCUGAGUAGCAGCGCCUCCCGUAAUGCAACAGCAACAGCAACAGCAGUCUAUAGUGAGCUGUCAAACGGAAAAGAAGCGCUCCAGAGCAGAUCAGCUGUAGCAGGUAGUUCCAUCUGUAACAUUAGCACCAACAUGAGUGAAUCCAGCCGUGAUCGUCUCGGCCAGUGGCCAGCAGAAUCCGACGCUGAAGUCGCCGGUGGAGUGCCCGGAUUCGCUCGGCUCCGCAACGGACGGUUCAAUAAGGGUCUCGCGUUUACCAUCGAGGAGCGCCAAGCGUUGGGCAUUCAUGGUCUACUACCUGCAAUCGUACGUUCCGAGCCGGAACAGGUUAAGCACUGCUUGACCCUGCUGAAUCGCUAUGAAAACGAUCUGGACAAGUACAUCUAUCUGGUGAGUCUGAUGGAUCGCAACGAGCGUCUGUUUUAUCGGGUCCUGGCAUCGGAUAUUGGUAACAUGAUGCCCCUGGUUUACACGCCGACUGUGGGAUUGGCCUGCCAAAAGUACAGUAUGAUCUUCCAGCAACCGAAGGGCCUGUAUAUUACGAUCAACGAUAAGGGGCACGUGUACGAUGUUUUGAAGAACUGGCCCGAAACCGAUGUACGCGCCAUUUGCGUCACUGAUGGUGAACGGAUUCUGGGUUUGGGCGAUUUAGGUGCUAAUGGAAUGGGUAUCCCUGUCGGCAAGCUUGCUCUCUACACGGCUCUGGCAGGAAUCAAACCUCACCAGUGUUUGCCGAUUACAUUAGACGUGGGAACCAACACGCAGAGUAUCCUGGAUGAUCCUCUGUACGUUGGCCUUCGCCAUAAACGUGUCACCGGAGCGGCAUAUGAUGAAUUCAUCGAUGAAUUUAUGAAGGCUGCCGUUCGCCGCUUCGGUCGCAAUUGUCUGAUUCAGUUCGAGGACUUUGCCAAUGCGAAUGCUUUCCGCUUCCUGGACAAAUAUCGUGAAAACUACUGUACUUUCAAUGAUGAUAUCCAGGGAACCGCUUCGGUGGCUGUUGCUGGUCUACUGGCUUCGCUGCGUGUGACCAAAACAAAGCUUAGUGAAAACAAGAUCCUGUUCCAGGGAGCCGGUGAAGCCGCCCUUGGAAUUGCCGAACUUUGCAUGAUGGCAAUGCGUAAGGAUGGUUUAAGCGAAGAGGAUGCCCGCAAACGAAUUUGGCUAGUUGACAGUAAAGGUCUUAUCGUAAAAGAUCGUCCGAAGGGUGGAAUCUCCGGUCAUAAGCACCAUUAUGCCCAUGAACAUGCUCCGGUUGACACUUUGGCUGAAGCAGUGAAAGUGCUGAAACCGACUGUCAUCAUCGGAGCUGCGGCGAUUGCCGGUGCUUUCACGCCGGAAAUUCUACGAACAAUGGCCGAAAUCAACGAUCGCCCGAUCGUAUUUGCCUUGUCCAAUCCAACCAGCAAAGCGGAAUGCACUGCAGAGCAAGCCUACGAGAACACCGAAGGUCGAUGCGUUUUUGCUUCCGGAUCUCCGUUCGCUCCCGUUACCUUCAAAGGUACGACGUAUUACCCAGGCCAAGGUAACAACUCAUACAUCUUCCCUGGUGUUGCUCUCGGUGUGAUCUGUGCCGGAGCUCUCACCAUCCCGGAAGAACUGUUUCUCAUCUCCGCUCAACGGUUAGCUGAUAUUGUUACCAAGGAGGACCUUGAGCGCGGAAGCCUCUACCCACCGCUAGAAAUGAUUCAGGACUGUUCGAUCAAAAUUGCCGUCCGCAUUAUGGAAUAUGCCUACGCAAAUGGCCUAGCGUCGACCAAACCUGAGCCAAGUGAUAAGGAAGCGUUCGUACGUUCGCAAAUGUACGACCUUGAAUAUAAAUCGGCCUUGCCCGCCAUCUAUCCGUGGCCUAAGUUGUAAAUAAAGGCGUGUUUCAUCAAUAUUUGGUUCUUUCUAUUGUGUAUUUUGUAAUUCGCAUAGCAAAAGAUUUCAAGCACGGGUGCCAACUGUGAGUUAGAAGAUCGGAAUAUUUUAGAUUUUUGAAGAGAUAAAAAAAUGUUUUGUAUAUUAUUUUAUGCUUAGGUUUAUUUAGGUGAAAUGAUUUCUGUCUAACAAAACAAACAUUGUGUUGUUCAUAUUGUUUCCCAAUUGCAUUGUAUUAUAAUGUUGAUCAUCCUUGUUUUUUCUGUGUAAGGUAACAACAAAACAUACACACUUAAAUUUUUUAGCUGAGUCUCGGCAAAAAAAUGCCGAGAUUCGCACAGCCGAGUAAUCAGCAAUCAUCUCGGCAAAAAUAAAAUUACUGAGCGUCUCGGCAUCCUAAAAUUUGACAAACGUCAAAUAUUGCCGAAAUCGUCAGCAUAAGAUUUACUGUUUGCUCAGUGAAACGAUCACUGAAUAUUCGGCAAUCCAAUAAAACGAAAAAAAAAUGAAAAAAUAAAUUACCGAAUCAUCAGUAAUUUAAAAUCUAGUCAAUUAAUUUUCUUUGUAAUUUCUCAACAUUAUAAACACGCCAUUCAGGAUCAAAAAUUCCAUUUAUUAACACUUAAAGAAGGCUUACAAAUUUGUUGCCAGUAGUGCUUAGCCUCUACCUGAAAACAUGUAGCAUAAAAAUGCGGCGUUUCCAGAUGCGACCACCUUGAGUCGAGCUGGAAAUAUGAAAAUAAAAAUAUAUAUUGAUUUUUGGCUUACAUAAAUGUUCAAUAUUUAAUGAUGCAUAUACGGUAUUGUUCAAAAAAUAAACUUACUUUGAUCUAUUGAAUUAUUCCAUGCAUUGGGUUAUUUUUUCGCAUAUCCCCCAAAGUUUUGUCUCGAGGACGCUUUGAGCCCCGUGUUGGGUGUUUUUCCCUUAAAAUCGCGAGUGCUCUGAUAAAAUCGCGAAACAUGUCACUAUAUUUAUUUAAUAUUUUUACUUGCAAGUGGUUCCACGCUUCUUCGAAGAUUAUCCAUUUUUUCACUCGAGAAUUUCAUCAGAAAAUAAUCGCACAAUGCGAAGCGAAAAUGUAACGCGGCAAUAAAUGACAGCUGUCAUGCUGAAUCUCGGCAACAGCUAGCGCAUAUUCCGGAAUCUCGGCAAACGUCUCUGCUGAUGUCGGCAUAUCUGUUGUUUACUGAUAAAUUCAGCAAGCAAUUAUGCCAAAUUUCGGCAAAGUGAAGCAUUUUAUCGAAAUAUCAGUAAAUGCAUUUAACGAAGUUCAGAAACAUGCGUAUUGAUUACUGAGCAAUCAGCAAAUUUACGUGUUGCUGAUCAGUUUCGGCAUUUUAUUAUGCCGAGUUCAAGAAAUGGUUUUAAGUGUGUACUAUUCUCAUCGUGCUUCUCUGUGUACUUUUGCAUCACUCACAUAAAAUCUAGCAUAGAAAGCUUUACAAAUUCGUAAUUUAUUCAACCCAGCAUCCUUCUUAAGAUAAACGAAAGCUGUAAGAUGUAUUGUCAACCAUUGGCUAAGAUAUAGUACUACGAAUAAAUGUGUUAAUGGUAUCACAUUGGUA